AGCAGUGAGCACCCCCCCACCACAUUGGAAAGUUAACAUCUAUAGCUACAGCCCCCGGAACCAGUGCCUAGGUAAGGAGCCGCAUAUUAACCUCUGAAGAGCCACAUGCAGCUCCCGGAGCCACAGGUUGGCCACCCCUGGCUUAUAGCAAUUCAGUGAACAAAAUAAGGUGUGCUUGCAAAAGCACUUUUAUGCCGGUAUAGAAAUGUCAUGGAACAACCUCUAAUUGACAUUGCUGUGCUGUCAGAAGAUUCUAGUGUAGACAUGGCCUUACUUUUCUAAGGUUUUAUUGACCAUAUUGUUGCAAUUUGUGGAAAAACGGCUCAUGGUUAUGCACUGGACUGUUCUAGAUUAGAUGGCCAGCUGCACUCCACACCUUAGUCUUGUGGAAAUUUACAUUUUGUGCCAAGGUGAGAUGUAGCAAAACGACAAAAAAUAGUAGUUUAUCUCAAAGAACAUUGGACCAAUAUAGCUGUGAACAGCAUCAACAGUGUUUGCUUUUUGAAGUAGUUGUGGUUUACGCAAUAAAUACCUGGGCUCUUCUAACAAGAAUGGGAUUCACCCUUACCCGUAUAAUGUACCAAAACUAUAUAUAUUUUUAAUUUCAGAGAUGAAUUCCAAUACAGUCAGCUUGGCAUGACAAAGCUUUGGUCACCUCAAUAGCAGCAACGCAGUGCUCCAACCUUUGUUCUAGCUGCUGCUCCAUGAGAAUACUGAUCUUUUUACCUGCAAGAUCAGGCCCUCAUGCUAACGUCUUCUCUAAGAGAGCACACAAGACCUGUUUCUUGUUGGUACUCUGAUUCACUAGGCUGUUUCUUGCACCGAAGUCCACAUCAUCUUCAAAAUACACACACACUGACUGGAGGCAAAGAGGCAUUCCAAGAAUAAUGGCUGUAUGGAAGUGCUCUGCUCUCUUUCGGGUGUUUUGAAUAUUGUUUAAACUGUACAGUCUCUUGAGCCCCUCUGUGUGUAUAUCUUUCUCUUGGUUUGAGCUGUAUCUCUGAUAAGAUAAUAGCUGAGAAAAAAAAUGUUUUCCAAUUGCAGCAAGACCUAUGGACCUGUAUAUGUGAUCAGGUGCUGGCAUUUGUUGUAAGGCAGUGUUUCCCAAACUUGGGACGCCGCUUGUGUAGGAAAAGCCCCCUGGCGGGCAGGGCCGGUUUGUUUACCUGCCACGUCCAUAGGUCCGGCCGAUUGUGGCUCCCACUGGCUGCGGUUCGCUGCUCCAGGCCAAUGGGAGCUGCUGGAAGCGGCGGCCAGUACGUCCCUUGGUAUUGAUGCAUGAUUUCUUCACAUUUGCUACAUUUAUGGACGUCUUAAAAUAUCGUUCCUCAGAGUCCAGUCCAACCUUUCCUGUUUGUAUUAACCUCAUUCUGAGAUCCAAGGUUAAUUUUUUAUUAACAGUGGCCCCAGUCUUGAGCCCACUGUAUUAAUGAUUUCUACUCCAAUCUCUUCACUCCAGGCAGUGUUUUGUUGUUAAAGGGUGCUUUUGCAUUGUUUCAAGCCUAAUCUUCCCAACUGGCUAAGAUUGUGUGGUUUAUCUGGUAAAUUUGGUUGGGUUAAGAUCUAGAUCUUGACUAACAGCAUUUCUUUCUUGCCAUAGAUAGUUUCUAUCAAUAUUACAUUUCCUAAUUUAGGAAUAUUCUAUAAAAACCCAUCUGUAUAUAAAUGUCCGGUCUCCGGAAUACUCUCAUGAAUUCAAUUAGGAUAACAUAUUUUGUGCUGUUAAUAUUGAUUUCUGGAUUCAUCCACAUGGAUGAUUUUAUAUAUUCAUACAAGCUAAAUUGCAAGCAUUUAGACAAUAUGAGAUCAAUUUUCCCUGUGUGAAUAGAUUGUAUUACAGUGUAUUGAGCUGAGAGCUACCUCUAAUGGUACAAGUUUUAGACAUUUCUUCUCAGUCCUUAACCAGUCAUACAUUUCACUGGUAUUAUCUCUUAGCCAAUAUAAGGUUUGUGUGUUAGUACAAGCAUUGUGAUAUAAGUCAUUAGGCAAACAAUAUCUUUUCCUCAUUUCUUGCUUCAGGAUGUUUAUAUAGUUGUAAAGAGAUAAUUAGCAUUUCCAGUUUUAUUUUUAAGAUAAAUUAUAGAUUAAAAAAAAGUUUUAGGCUGAUUUAGCGGUUGGUUUAACCAGCAGUACAUUAACCUAUUUUUUCCCCUUUGUGAGAAGAGAAGAUCCAGUUAGAUAAGGAAAGAACUGAAGACAAACUAGUCUGUACAAACAUGUCAGAACCCCGGCCUUGAUGGCAUCUCAGUGGAAUUCCACAAAGGUUACAAGAACAGUUAACAACCAGUUAUUAUACAUUUAUGAAUCAGCAGUGAAGGAUAAUUUAUUAGCACAGAGUGUAAGAACUCAUCUUAUCUCACUGAUUCCGAUGUUUGAAAAGGCUGCUGAAUGAUGGAUGAACGAUCACCUGACUUCCCUAAUAAAGAUUGCAAAAUCCUAGCUGAGGUACUUGCUAAGAUAUUUCAGUCAAAUCUGGUAAAACUUGUCCAUUGGAAACAAGGCCAUUUCAGAACAGGCUAUCCAGCAAUUGCAUCAGAUUGCUCUUAGAUUGAUUAAUUUAUACAUGGCCAUAAUACAUAGAUCAAAUUAUUAUUUAGUAAUUUAUCUAACCUAGUACAAGUAAUGACUGCAUUUUUCUUUUAACUGGAAAAGAAUAUUGGUGUUAGGAAUCUAUUUAACUUCAUUUUUGUUUGGUUACUGUUUUUAAUCCUUCCUGUGCCGUUGGUACACAGAUGUGGGAGAAUGUGUUCCAGGGGUUUUGUCUUGACUUACUGAUCUCUCUUGAGGCUAUGACAGGCAUGUUGCUGUAGAAUGUUGACUCUUGUUUUUAUAUUAGUUUGAGGAUAGAAAAUCUGGAGUUAGCAUCUUUUGACGAUACAUCUUACUAGGUAUAUUUAUUCAAACACAAUUUAUUUGCAUUAUCAUUUAAAUUAUAGACUAGUAUACAUGUACAGUAUAAUUUUUCUUAAUAAUUUAAUCUGAAUGUUAAAUGAAAUUAUAUCCCAAGAUAGUCACUUAAAUUUUGCACUAGAGGAUAUUUUUACCCUUUUUACUCCAUGUCUUUUAGCUUAACAUGGUUUUAAUUGUUUUUCUAAAGGGUAUUGGACACAAUGACAAUCACUGUAGUGUAUGAUAACUCUGAAGCUAUGGAGCUCUGUGCUUCUCAGCAUCUGUAUCUUAAACCAGUAGCUAAACUGACUAUCAAUGUGGUGUUUCCAGAACACACAGAAUCUACCCGAUCUUUCUCUAAGUGGGAAGUGAUGGACAAGCUGAAGAACAUGAUUUGUCCAGACCAAUUCACUACUGUUAGGGUUUCAAAGAGCACUAAGGAUUUCAUUCGAUUUGAGGGAGAGGCAGAAAAUAAAAAGUUGAUCCUCACCCUUAAGGAAAAACUGCAUGGAAAGGUAAUAAAACUGAAUGGUUUUAAAGAUGACUUGAAGGUGAUGGCCACCGAGGCACAAGCUGACUUUCCAACUCCACAAGAGUGGGCAUCUUACCUGAAUAAAAGAGAGAUUACGAAUGAAGACCUUACUGAGCAAACUGCUGAUAUUCCUGAUUGCAUCUAUUUUGAAGGUUUGCCAUGUAAAUGGUUUGCACUAAAGGGCUCAAAUAGUGAAAAGCCGAGUGAAGAUGUUUUAAGAGUGGUGUUCGAAAGCUUUGGAAAGAUUAAGAACAUAGAUAUCCCUAUGCUUGAUCCUUAUAGAGAAGAAAUGGUGGGAGGAAAUUUAAAUAACUUCCUUUUUGGAGGUCUACAGACAUUUGAAGCUUUUGUCCAGUACCAAGAGUACACGGCUUUUGUGAAAGCUAUGGAGUCACUUAGGGGAAUGAAGCUGAUGUUUAAAGGGGAUGAUGGAAAAGCUCUGGCAUGUAACAUGAAGGUGACUUUUGAUACAACCAAACAUUUCAGCAAAGGAGCUAUCAAAAAGAGAAGGCUGGAAAGACAAAAGCUGCAAGAGCUAGAGCAAGAAAGAAAAAGGGAAAAGAGAGAGGAAGAGGAGGCUGCAAGAAAAAGACGUGAUGAUGAAAAAAUUGCUCGAGAAAGAAAAAGGAAGGCUAAGCUCAAGAGGAGAGAACCCAGGCAGAUAGAUCGGGAUGAGAAACGCCCAAGAAAGCAGCAGAAGGUAACAGCUGAAGAAGAGCAGAGGCCAGAGAAUAUGCCUGAAUGGGAAGAGAGGAAAUAUCUACUAGCUCAGAGAAGAGUGGAGUCUAUAAGGCUGCUUACAGUGCUGUUAAGCCGAGUAAAAGAUUUUGCACAGUUGACCAGCCAAAAAGUGGAGCCCUUGCUGUACUCUGAAGAGAUAAGAAAGGAUUGCUUUCCUGAGACGGAGUUCCAAAAUGCACAGACAGAGCAGAGAGAAUCCCGUUAUCUUCUACACAAAGAACUGAAGGAUAAGAAAAAAUUUAGCAGUCAGUUCUUCCAAACGGGUAACACCUCUUUUAGUGAGGAAGAGGUGCCAAGUAAUCUACCUGCCUCACCUUGUCAUCUUGUGAGAACGAUCUUAAAUGAUCCAACUGCAGCAGCAAGCACUGGUAAAUUAACUGGCAGGGAUGAGUACAGCUCCCCUGGCUGUGGGUCUUUACAGAUUACAGUUACUCAAGACUGCAAGGUUAUAGAAUCCCUUGAGAGAGAAGACUGUCCUCCUUUGAAGACAGUACACUCUGGAAAAGUGUCUGGUACAGGGUACUGCAAAAAGCAAAAGAUUUAUGAAACUGAUGAGUUUAUACAUUAUUUAUUAAACUAUUAUCAAACUCCAAGCUACGCACGUGUCUGCCUAGAGCCAAAAAGCACCGUUAGCAAGUCUUGGUGGCAGAGGAUAGUGUCUGAUAAUGGGAAUGGCUUUCAGAUCAACUUGAAGAACAAAUAUGGGGGACGCUUUACAGAAGUGAGUUUUGUACAAAACCCCGACAAGGGAAAUUGUAGCGGGGAUGAUAAUUAUAGAUGGGAGAUCACGAUUCGGAAAUCUGAGCCUACAGAGAGUGUGUCAAAAAACAACGCCUAUGCUGGAGGGUUUACAACAAAGUUCCAAGUACAGUGGAAUGACUCACUUGAUAUUGCUAAUUUACCAUAUGCUGAAUUUAAUAAUUCUUCUUUUGGAGGCACUAAUACUAGUCACGAUAAAAAAUCCAAAGACGACAAUAACAGAAGAGAAGUUGCCCCACCAUACACACCCUCAGGCUCUGCAUACAAAUUCAGGGAUUUAAUGGAAGAGAUCAGUAGUGAUUCUGAGUAUUUUAGUGAGGCAAAGAGAACAGAAAGAAGAUAUAAAGAUGUUUACAGUGAUGGCAAUAAAACAUGGUCCCUUUCAAGAGAGAUGGAGAGAAAAUUCCUUGUCUGUGUUAAAAAUGUAGGUCAAAAUUAUCCAGAAAAUGAAUCCAGCAAAUGUAGCUUCUGUUCAAAUUCUGCCCCUGGUGGCUUGACAAAGCAGGGUAGACAUAAGCUUAAAACAUCACACAAGAGAUGCAGUAGUAAAUUGAGUCACGAAGGGCAAAAAAGUGAGUGGAAAUCCAAUGAAGAGGCGAUAAAUACCCCCAAAAAGAAGAAAAAGAGAAAAAAGCCCUCCCCUGACAUUUUACCUGAUGAACAUGGCUUCUCUGAAAUGGAGAGUUGGAGACAGUUGGAAUCUCUAAAAAAGAUACAGAGAAAAUGUAGCAAAAUGUUCCACCAUCAGAUGAAAUUCAAAACCCUUCAUGUGAUGGCAGCAGCAUCAAAAGAGGCCAUCCAUGCUGAUGCCUCUCUGCUCCAGAGAUCUCGCCAAAGGGCCGGUGAGGUGGGGGAAGUGAAAUAGAACCAAGACGACACUCCUCAGUUUGACAGGUUUAAGGAUUCUGUGCAGAAUUAUGGUGACUGACACAAUCACUCUGGCAGUCAAGCUCACCUAACGGUUGAAAGUAGUUUAGAAGGAAGAGACGCUGAUUCCUCUGACCCCUAAAGGGCUUGACAGUCGUUUAGUGCAGCAGCACUCUUUGGGGUGGGAGACUGGACCACAGCACCACGCCUGGUCCCUGCAGGAUGCCUGUUUGCAUUUGGGUGGCUGGGAGAGUAUGCUGUAGCUACACCCCUACGCAGCCAGGUUAGAAACGGCCUGGAGAUACCACCUUUGUCUGGGUGCUGCUUCUCCUGGUGGCAGAAGCCACCGUCAUUCUUAUUUAUCCUGACCUGGGAACCUAAGAAAUCCUGCCACUGAAGUGGAGCAAGAAGAGGCUCCCAAGGACCUGGGCUAAGGUUUAAAUUAAUAAAAGGGGAGAGCAAGGGGAGACCAAUCAGCUCCCCUCCUUCUCUGGUUGGCCAAUGGAUGAGAGCCUCUGGAGGAGGGGUCAUCCUGCAUUCCUCCAGCAUCUGCUCCCCACUGCCUUCUGGGGCUGUCCCAAUCACGGCCAGCAAGUUUCCACCUGUUGAGCUAGGUGAGUUGCAGUCUUCUCAUGGCAGUGAAAGAUUUGCAAAGAACGAUGUAAAAGCUGAAAAGUAGAAUCUUUGACCACCUAACUGGAUGGCAAUGUAUCUCUCUCGAAUACAUGCACAAUAGCAAAUCUAGGCCUAUCCUGUUAUGCUUGUUAAGAUUUAUUGGGGAUAAGUAGUGCACACUCACCAGCUCAUCACAUUUUGGAAGGAGAAUAUGUGCAAUUCUGAAGAUCAGUAAAAUAAUGUGGUGGCUAAAACUACAGUUCUAGAGACACAUUACUGUGGAAAAAUUAACUGAGAAAGAACACAGUGUACAGCACAGAUGGGGAUGAACAUACUGUUUGAACUGACUGAGGCACUAUACAUUUGGCCUUCUGAUCUCCCAACAGGAAUGAAAUAAUUCUCCCCUUUGGCUUUCCCCUUUGAAUCUUGAUUCAGUCUAUUAUGCUUUAGCUACAUGGCUGCAUCACUCCAGCAUCUUUUUCUGGGAAAAUCUCCUUCAAAUAACUUGUUUUUCCUCCUUAUCUACAGGAGAUGAGAGGAAAUUAACACUGAGGAAAGAGAUGGAUGCAGAUGUUGGAGGAUGUCCUGUUGAGUUAAUUUAGACAAAUCCAUGCUCUGAUGCUGCCUGUGGAGCAGAACCCAAAAGAGAAUGCUGAAUAGUUGCUAGCUAAUGGCAAUGGGGUCUUGAAGCUGCUCACAAAAGUCCCCCCACCCCAAAAGGCCUUUUAUAUGGCUCUAAGAAGUGAACUGUAAGGUCAGGUCUUUAGUGCAGUGGUUCCCAAACUUGUUCCACCACUUGUGCAGGGAAAGCCCCUGGCGGUCCAGGCCGGUUUGUGUACCUGCCGCGUUCACAGGUUCGGCCGAUUGUGGCUCCCAUUG